AUGAGAACAGAAAACAAAGAAUUUGAAGCACCUGAGCUUUAUGGAUAUCCUUUAUUGGCGGCUGCCAAACUGUUAGAUUAUUUGCCUUUUGUUCGACAAAAAGUAGCCAGCGAUGCUCUACUCCAUAAACACAGAGACCGCACAGAUAUCCAAGACCCUCCUACCAUGUUGUCUAUCCCACUUGAUCUCGUUAACUCGGGAAAUACAGAGAAUACGACUUUUGUCUCUAAAUUAAACCCAGAGCAUAAAAGUGUGUCACCAUUCCUGUCCUUUUGGGAUUAUCACACUGCUUACUCUGAAUUCAAAACGACGCCUACACAAGUAGCUCAGGCAUUAAAAUCCAAGCUUGACCAAAGCAAAGACAUGCAUUGGAUUCGAUUUUAUGUGGAUGACUUGAUGGAGCAAGCAGAAAGAUCAUCACAACGAUACAAGCAAGAAGCACCGCUAAGCCAAAUGGAUGGUGUCUUUGUUGCCAUCAAGGAAGAAUUGGAUAUCCAAGGACUAGAAACCAAAGUUGGUACAUGUUUUGUGGAUGAUGGUCAGCCUGCUAAAGAAGAUGCUACGUUGGUUACCAAAUUGAGAGAAGCGGGUGCUAUUAUUGUUGGAUCCACAGUGAUGAAUGAGCUUGGCUGGGACACAUUUACUGUAAAUCCCAACACAGGUAUACCCAAAAACCCCUAUGGUUCCACUCAUUCAUGUGGAGGUUCCAGUGGAGGCUCUGGCGGAUGUGUCGCAGGUGGAUUGGUGCCUGUCAGUAUUGGCGCAGAUGGUGGUGGAUCCAUUCGUAUUCCCUCUUCCUUCUGUGGCCUUUAUGGACUCAAGACGACAUAUGCCCGCGUUUCAGGCUAUGGUGGUGCUCUGAUUGAUCCAAGUCUGGGCGCUUAUGGUCCUAUUGCAGCUACAGCAGAUGAUAUGACAUUGACUUACGCUAUUAUAGCAGGCCCAGAUCCAAAAGAUCCUUCAUCGCUCAUUCAACCACCUGUCUCUAUUCAAGACUAUGAUCGUUAUCAAGACCUGUCUGAUUUAACUGUAGGUGUGUUUCCUAGCUGGGCUAGAGACGCUGUUGAGCCCGCUAUUCUUGACAAAUUAGAUUAUUUCAGACAGCAAUUGGAGAAGCUUGGUGCCAAAUUUGUGGAGAUUGAAAUCCCUGACUUGGAUCUUUCUGCUCACGCGCAUACUGUCACGAUCUGUUCUGAAAUGUUUAAUUUCGCCUCAAAACAUUACGCCAAUCACCAUCGCUUUUUGCCUCAUACACGUAUCAUGAUAGGCACAUCAAGUACAUUGGAUGGAAGAGACUAUGUCCGUGCUCAACAAAUUCGUACACGUAUGAUGAAUCAUGUACGCAAUGUGUUUAAAAAGGUAGAUUUGAUCCUUUGUCCAUCAACAGCUCAAGUAUCACCCGAAAUUCCUCAAAAAGCACAUAGCUACGGCAUGUCAAAUGCAAGACUCACAACGCAAAGCAUGAUCUUUUGUACUUUAGGCAAUUUGACUGGUAUUCCUGCUGUUUCUGUACCUGCUGGAUUCCAUCAAAAUAUGCCUGUUGGCUUACAAUUUAUGGCCAGUUGGUAUCAUGAAGCUUUGUUGUGUAGAAUUGCUAAAGCUUGCGAGCGUGUGCCUGGUGUUGAACGUAAACGUCCUCAAGAUAUAUGGUAUGCUGAUGACUUGUUGAAAUAA